AUGGAGAAAACACUAAAUCCAAGGAGACCUGGUCCUUCCCAUGAAAAGAUCGAGAACAAGAGGCAACAUGAUCCCGUCCCUCGACAUGAGCUUUCCCGGGAUAAGCGCAGGAAUGAGGCGCCGUCGGCACCUCUCACUCGGUUGAACACCUCUAAGACAAACAUCUUGAUGGAGGUUAAAGAUAUGAAAGAAUUAAAGUGGCCUACAAGGAUGAAGUCACCCCCUGACACAAGAGAUAUGAGCAAGUAUUGUGAAUUUCACUUGGAUCAUGGGCAUACUACAGAAGAUUGUCAUGCUUUAAAGCGAGAAAUUGAAGCCCUUAUCAAAAGAGGAUUUUUAAAGAGUUACAUUGCAUCCGGGGGAGACACAAGUAGUGGGCGAAAGCAGUAUGCCCGCCAACAUGCUCGAACCCCAAGGGAAUCCCAUGAUGAAGUCAAAGACAUCACUUUUGGAGCAAGAGAUUUGGAAGGAAUAUCAUAUCCUCAUGACGAUGCCUUGGUUGUCUCUGCGGUUGUGGCUAACUUCGAAGUAAAGAGGAUCCUGGUUGAUAAUGGGAGUGCAGCCAAUAUACUCUUGCAGGAGGCUUUCGCCAAAAUGGGGAUCUCUCCCAAACAGCUCAAAGCAGUAAAAACUCCUCUGCGGUGA